CUUGAACAGGUCCUUCACAAUCUUUAGUUUAUUCAGUGAGACAGGUCAUUGUUGCCCCCAUUCUGCAUUUGGGGAGAACUAAGGAUAUUCCCUGGCUAUUGUGUCAAUGGAUUGCAAUAUACAGCAUUGCUUUAAAUGUGUGAAAUUACCUUUCUUGAGCAAGCUCACAGAUCAAAUAUCUGCAGUUCAUAUGCAUGUGUCCUUUAUUUUUUUUAAAGAUAUUUUGUUUACCUUCCUUUCUUUAAAAAUCCAGAAAAGCCAGUACCAGUAUAAUCUUAUAGUAUAUCUACUCCAAAGUAAGUAUUCAGUGUAGUUUCCAGGUAAGCAGGAAGAGGAUUGCAGACAAAAUCAUGCACGUGCAUGUGUGAAUCAUCUUUAAGACUAAGAAAUUAUUACCAAGUUAGCAAAAAAUACCCCCCCACUGCUGUAAUUGCUUAGAAUAAUAUCAUGACAAGGCACUUUCAUCAAGAGAACAUUAGAUUGUUCAUGGCCACAUGUUCUGCUGUCACUUUGCUUGCGGGAAGAUACUGAACUACUUGCAGAUUGCAACAGUUUGCCUUUAAAGUUGUGAAGAAAGCCUAAAAGCACGUGAGCGGUUGCGAUUAAAGUCUCAGGGGACAGAAAGAAAGAACUAGCUGAGUUCCUUAGAAUGGAAGAUUGCUAUAUUGUGUAUUGUUGUUGAGCUAACUUAAUGCUAGUGAAGAUCCAACAGUUCUGGGGCAGGAGAUGUGGACUUGAUCUGAGCUAAGGCCAAUAUCAAGGAGAGAAAAUAAUUGUAAUCCAAUAAAAAUGAUAAGACUGACUCUUCCAAUGUAUCUGCCCUUAUGAACAAUCCAGAGAGAAAAAAAUGGAAGAACCAAACCCAGCAAAUCUGGAAUCAGGGGAAGGGGCAAGAAAAUAUUGGGUCAUUCAGAAUGGGGCAAUCAAUGAGUUUUUAAGAUGGGCCUUGCCACAGCACAGUAGAGUUGAGAGACAGGAGGGAAUGACCCCCCAUAGAGAACUCCAGUGGCAAGGAUUUCUAAAAACAGUAAAGAACUCUCACUCAGGCUGGGCAAAUUCUCAGUUGCCAGAGUUGCCACCCUGGGAUGAGCUGUCUGUAUUUGAGCGGGCGGUUGAUGUUUACCAAUGGCCACGAAGCGAGGGUAUAGCCAAAGCCAUGCCAAAUCUCAACGGAGAAACCCAGCAGGCCUUUAAGAGUCUUGAAGCCAAAGAAAGGGACAGUUGUGGAAAGGUGAAGGUUCCCAUUCUACAGAGAGGGUCUACAAAUGUGGAGUUGCAGCGCCAGUACUUCCGUCAGUUCCAAUUCCUGGAAGCCAAAGGGCCCCAUGAAGCUUGUAGCCGUUUAAGGGAACUGUGCCAUCGCUGGUUGGAGCCUGAGAGUCGGACAAAAGAACAGAUCCUGGAGUUGCUGAUCUUGGAGCAAUUCUUGACAAUUCUGCCAAAGGAAAUCCAAAAUGAAGUUCGAGAAUGUGGGCCGGAGACCUGUGCCCAGGCUGUGGCCUUGGUGGAGGGUUUUCUGCUAAAGCAGCAAGAGGGAGAAAAACAGGUAAGGGGAACAAUCCAAACAGGAUUCAGCAAUUGCUCCAAGGCACAACGACCUCCAGCAAGCAUCAGGCCAAAGCACAUCUAUAAGGAAGCCAGGCAGCAAGAUAAUGGGAAUGCUGGCAUAUUGGGUGCCAAGUUUUUGGGAAGAGUUGGGCAGUAUUUCCAGUGCCCGGAUUGUGGGAAAAGGUUUCGGGGAGAGGAAGAACUUAGAGCUCACGGCGGCAUUCACAAGAAAGAUAGACCUCAUGCCUGUGCCCAGUGUGGGAAAAGGUUCACCCGCCCAUCAGGCCUAGCCAAGCACUUGAAAACGCAUUCAGGGGAGAAGCCCUAUCACUGUGGUCAGUGCCCCAAGAGUUUCAUUCAGAUGUCACACCUCACUAGGCAUCAGAGAAUCCACACUGGAGAGAAGCCCCACCCCUGUGUCGAAUGUGGCAAGCGCUUCAAUUGUCCAUCAGAUCUAGCCAAGCACCAGCAUAUCCACACCGGAGAGAAACCCUUCCGCUGUGCUGAGUGUGGAGCAAGGUUUAACCAGUUCUCGCACCUCACAAGGCAUCAGAGGAUUCACACCGGUGAGAAACCUCACGCCUGCACUGAGUGUGGGGAAACCUUUAGCCAGCGGGCCCAUCUGAUCAGCCACCAGAGAAUCCACACUGGAGAAAGACCUUAUCACUGCACUUCUUGCCAGAAAUCUUUCAGUCAUCUCUCAGCACUCACAGUGCACAAGAGGAUCCACGUGGGCCAACGGCCCUAUGGCUGCCCCGAAUGUGGGAAAAGGUUCAUUGCUUCCUCUGCUUUAACCAGGCAUCAGAGGACCCACUCAGAAGAAAGGCCCCACCCCUGUGACGAGUGUGGCAGGAAAUUUAACCAGCUCGCUCACCUUCACAGACACCGGCAGACGCACUUGGGUGAGAGACCUCACAGCUGCACUGAGUGUGGGAAAAGGUUCAACCAGCUCUCCUCUCUCACCAGGCACCAGAAAAUCCACACAGGAGAGAAACCUUAUCCUUGUGAUGAGUGCAAUAGGAGGUUCAUUCGGCUGGCCGACCUCAACAUCCAUCAAAGAAUCCAUACAGGGGAAAAGCCGUAUCGCUGCAUCGCAUGUGGGAGGAGAUUCCGGCAGAGACAGACACUGGUCAAGCAUCAAAGGCUUCACCCAAUAGCAAAUUUGUAACAGCAGUACCCACAGCAAAGGAAAAGCCUUCCUGCCAUUGGAUUUAUAUAUAGGAAAUGAAUAUUUGCAGUCUUUGAAAUUCAGAAAGGGUGAAGGAAAAGAUCUAAUUCCAAAGAUUUAACUCCAGUACCCUCAUUUAUCUUAUCACACUGUUUUUCCUAUCCACUGCCCCUACUGCUAUCAACAAAAAAUUUUUUUCCAGUUGUUUCCAGUCUUUUUAACCUAGAGAGAACCUUCCAGUAAAAUACAGUUUUCCAGACCCAUUAAGGCCACACACUUAUCCCAUUCUCUUUCUUUUCCAUCCACUUUAUAUCACAAAAGGCCAAUGGUGAUUAUUCAUUAUUCUUGAUCAAGAGCCAUUAGAUGGAGAUGGAAGCUAUUGGGGUCGCUUUCUAUCCAGUGACAUGAAAACCUUUUUAUCACAUCAAAGAUAAGUUGUGACAUGAUGAUGAUAAUGAUACUUUACUGGUGGGAAGUUUGGGCUCUUCCUUCAAGAAUCUAUAGAAGAAGUAGGUAAAUAAGGGUGAAAGAGGCUGGGUUUCCUGAGCUGUUUUCUGUAGUGCUUCUUUGUUAUUACAUUGGGUCUUCCUGUUUGUGAAUCCUAUUUUGUCCCCUGAUCUUGUGCAUGAAAUGCUAUGUCAAUUCAAUUGUUGUUAGAGUACAGUAUGUUGAUCUCAAGCAAAUCAAGGUGGAACUUGUAUGAUUCUAUGUAGUCACCUGAUGAUAUGAAACAGCCUUAUGAGUUGGCAGUUUAAUGAAGUGAGUCAAUCAUUAUCCCCAUAUUUCCAAAAUAGGGACUGAAGGAGGACGAUUGAUACAUCCAAGGUCAGAAUUCUGUGAUGGAAUAGAAAACUGAAAUGAUGAUGAUGAUGAUGAUGAUGAUGAUGAUGAUGAUGAUGAUGAUGUGCUGGUUCACGUUAGCUUUUCUUUCCUCAUCAUUUCCUUAACUCCUUUAGCAGAAGUAAAAAGUAGAAGGAAGAACCUCCAGAACACUCCAGUGUUCACUGGUUUUGACUUCCAGACUUAUUAUGUGGGACACUUUUAUUCUCAUUCCCCAGAUGACAAACUGUGACCAAGAAAAAUGGUUCGCUCCAGUCCACUCCAGUAAGACACAGCAAAGGAAGAAUAUGAACUCAGGUUAGUCUUGCCUUCUCAUUUACAUUAUCCCAGCCAGCUUGAUGGCUUUCUUGGCAUAUUUUCCAAUGACAGCCUUUAUUCCUAAAGACAGGAUCAUAGAACUUUUGCACAGUAAAUGGUCAGGGACUAAUCAGUAACUUCUGUCUGCCUGUUUGAAGGAGAAAAGGAUCUACCUCCUGCUAUGCCUCCCACCUAAAUACAUUCAAUUCCUACUGAUCUUGGAUUAAACUUUUAUGAAACUUUUAUGAGUCUAAUUUAGAAUUCAAAUGGGGGUACUUCAGAUUUAUCAAGUGUGUGCUCUUCAAUGAAUUACAGUAGGUUUUGAUCUCUCUUAGCCAAUAGCCUGCUGUUGUGUGUGCCUCCAAGGCUGGAUAGAACUUGUUUUAAGUUGAUAGAGAAAUGGAGGAUGGUGCUUGAAAACCAUAUAUCUCUCUGUUUCCUCAUCUUUGUUACCACCUGAGUCUUGAGAAUGCUUGAAAAAUUGCCCAUGGGUAACACCAGGAAUUCUAAGCUUUCUAUUUCCCAGCUGUUUCUAAAACCUCAGGGUGAAACAUGAAACUCUUUUGAGAGUUGUAAGGUCUGUUGCUUGUGAAAAGAAAUAGUGACUAGUAAAAGGAACUUUCUAGGAACUUUCCCUUGGAUGUGUAGAGACUCCUGAUGUAGAGGUCUAUUUUUUUUUUCUUUUGGUUGAUGUUGUUCUAUCUAUUGUUCUAUCUUUGAGGAUUCCUUCUAUUCUUUGGAGAGCAAUGUAAUGGCUACUGAGAUGCUUCUCCUCAGCAUCUUCUAUAAUCUGGUUUCCAGAUUAGAUUACAGAUUUUUCCCAAUAUAUUUGAGCAGCAAUCCAGUUAGAAAUUUAUUAGUGGCGUUUGAGAGGAUAGUUUUGAUUUCUGGAACUGAGAAUAGUACUUCAGCCUGAAAUGCUUCCUAGCCAAUUUGCAUGCAAGGCCAAGGUAUGCUUGAAGGUAUCUAUAAUAAUAAAUAGCUGGAAAAGGCAAGACAGAAGUUGAAAGUGGAAAGGGAAACAGAGACAAACUUGAAAUAUUGGAUGAGAUAAAAUAAAUGCUAUGAUUUAUUAAAGUACUUGCCUGAUAAAGUUAA